CAGGUUUCAGAAGGAGACUGCCAAGAGGGCGUGGCGUGGCUCUCGGCCAAUUGACUGCUGCAGGCCCCUGACCACUGCUUUUCCAAGUCCCCAAUCCACUGCCCUAACUUGAACCUGGAAAGCCCCAACACAGCGGCGCAUGGCAACCUUAACCUGCGAUGGCAGAUCUGGAGCUGCUGGCGCGCGUUCCCCGGUUCCUGCAUUGGUAGGUUAUGCGCUGCCCGCACUUGUCUGAGAGUGAACCCCUCCCCGAUCGGCGCAGCCUGGAACUUCCAGCAUUCGGCGGCCUUUUUCCCUCGGCAGACGCUCAAAGUUCCAAUUGCAACCCUCCGUUCUUCCAAAAGGCGGGGGCAUUCCAGGUUGCAGCGCCGACCUGGAAGGAAACGAAACAACGAGCAAGGGCUAAGAAAAUCCAGGCGCAGCUAGGGGGUACGAGCUUACCCGCAAAGGAUGGCAUCCCCAUGAAGCAGGAAAUCGCCCAUUGGCCGCCCCUUGUCUCCCGGGAAUGGUGGAACUGCUGGGCCACUCCCUCUUGCUUCUUCUGGACUUUGUGGACCGAGAUGUGCAUGGGAGGCGUUGGGUCGAUGUGCUUGACAGCUGAUCAAAGCAUCCGCCUCUCGGUUCCUUUUAAAGAGGCAUGGAAGCCCACCCUCCAGGCCAACACAGGGCUGACCCCCAUCAGCCGGCCUUUGCUCUUCCUAUUGUCCUCCUUGUCCCGUUAUUGUCCCCUCGUUCGCCGUGUUGACCACCAACGAUCGUUUCCCUUCUAUUGUGCUCUUCUGUUUCUUUGCUGCUCAUUGCGGCGUGCUUGGCUUUGUUUUUGAAAAGCAAACAUUUCUGUUUGCUUGCUUGGAUUCGAACCUCUUGGAGUCCUGAGUGUUCUUACAACAACUACAACAACAACACCAACCAUCCCUGAAGACACUACAACCACAUCUACCUUCGUUUUGUUUUGCUCGCUGGCGGCAACUGGA